AUGAUGAAUUUUUUUGGAUCAAAAUCUUCUUCUUCUGGUCAAGGAAAUCAGCAACAAUCUACCAAAAAUAAUAAUGCUUUUUUCCCAAAAUUUGCAUCUCACACUGCUACCCCUACUACUGCAUUAAGUUCAAAUUCUUAUGCAAUGGGAACUACUGGUAUUGCAUCUGAAAAUGUCAUUUCUCAAAUGAAAGCUAUGAACACAGAAAAUGGUAAUAUAAAUCAAAGCAAUCAUCAAAACAAUCAUCUACAACCUAUAGGGAACGCUGGUAAUAGCAGUCAUAGUCAUAGUCAUCAUCAUGAGAAGAUUAUUAAUAAUGAUGUUGAGAAAUCAAAUUUAUCAAGUCAAUUGAAUAAUAUGGAUCGUUUAUCUCCAAAUACAGAUAGCGUACGAACAGUAACAACUCCUCAGAGUACUGGUCCUGAUACUGAUAUUCCAAGGGGUAAAUUAGAGCUUACUAUAGUGGAAGCUAGAAAUUUAUUAACGAGAUCUAGCAAUUCUCAACCCUAUGUUGUCUGUACAUUCGAAAGUUCAGAAUUUAUUUCAGAUGGUCCUGAAACGUCAAAUAAUACAGAAAAUAGCCAUAACUAUAGCAUAAACAGUCAUAAUAACAAGAGACAACUCGAUAAUAACAAUAAUCCAUUACCUGUAAUUAAAGAAAAUAACAAUUUAAGACCUUUGUAUACCCAUAGAUCGUCGUCACAACUUGAUAAAUUAAUGAACAGCAAUGGUACUCUAAAUCAAAACAAUAGAGCCAAUGCAAACACUAAUUCCUCAUGUCCAAUAUGGCAUCAUAAAACUACUUUUGAUGUUUUAGGGGCUCAUUCAGAAUUAGAUAUUUCUGUCUAUGAUGCUGCUCACGAUGAUAUGUUCUUGGGUCAAGUAAGAUUACGCCCAAAUAUUCAUACAACUCCACAUACUGCAUCAGAUUGUCAAUGGCAUACCUUACAAGGAAGAGUUUUGGAUGAAAAUAUUUCUGGUGACAUAUUGAUAAAAUGGGAUUAUGCCGUGACUAAAAAGAGGCAUUAUGGUCCAAGCGAUUUCGAAGUUUUGAGAUUACUUGGUAAAGGUACUUUUGGUCAAGUUUAUCAAGUAAGAAAGAAGGAUACUAAAAGAAUUUACGCUAUGAAAGUUUUAUCGAAAAAAGUUAUUGUCAAAAAGAAUGAAAUUGCACACACCAUCGGUGAAAGGGACAUUCUUGUACGUACUGCAUCAAAAUCAUGUCCAUUUAUCGUUGGUUUGAAAUUUUCUUUCCAAACUCCGGCAGAUCUGUAUUUAGUUACUGAUUUUAUGAGUGGUGGUGAAUUAUUUUGGCAUUUACAAAAGGAAGGUCGUUUCACAGAAGAUCGUGCCAAAUUUUAUAUCGCAGAAUUGGUUUUGGCAUUGGAAUAUUUGCAUGAUAAUGAUAUUGUUUACAGAGAUUUGAAACCCGAAAAUAUCUUAUUAGAUGCAAAUGGUAAUAUAGCUUUAUGUGAUUUUGGUCUAUCCAAAGCUGAUUUAAAAGAUCGUACUAAUACUUUCUGUGGUACAACCGAAUAUCUAGCUCCAGAACUACUACUAGAUGAAUCCGGUUAUACAAAAAUGGUUGAUUUUUGGUCACUAGGUGUUCUGAUAUUUGAGAUGUGUUGUGGCUGGUCUCCAUUUUUUGCAGAAGAUAAUCAAAAAAUGUAUCAAAAGAUCGCUUUCGGUAAGGUUAAGUUUCCUAGAGAUAUUUUAUCGCCCGAAGGUCGUUCCUUUGUUAAAGGUUUAUUAAAUAGAAAUCCAAAUCAUAGAUUGGGUUCGGUAGAUGAUGGUAGAGAAUUGAGAGCACAUCCAUUUUUCGCUGAUAUAGAUUGGGAUGCGUUGAGAGAAAAGAAAAUACCACCACCAUUCAAGCCACACCUAAGUUCGGAAACUGAUACAUCUAAUUUUGAUCCCGAAUUUACUCAAGCUUCUACUUCUUAUAUGAACAAAAAUCAAUCAUCUAUUGCGGCCACUCCAUUAUCACCAGCAAUGCAAGCUAAAUUUGCAGGUUUUACAUUUGUUGAUGAAUCAGCAAUGGAUGAGCAUUUAAAUCAAGCGUACAAUAAUCGUAAAUUUUUACAAAAUUCAUAUUACAUGCAACCUGGCUCAUUCAUUCCAGGUGAUCCAAAUUUACCACCUGACGAAGAUGUUAUAGAUGAAGGUGAUGAUAUUAGAGAUAACAGCAAUGGUAUGAAUGGAGCAUCACGACUAGAUUUUGAAGGUGACCAUCACAUGGAUGAUGAAUUUGUCAGUGGAAGAUUCGAAAUCUAA